GAACCUAAACCCGAGGAACCCAAAACUGAAGAAACGAAAAAUGAACCUAACACUGAAGAACCCAAAUCUGAAGAGCCUAAUUCCAAAGAAUCUAAUAUCGAAGAAGCUAAGCUUGAAGAAGUUACAAUGGCAGAAGAUACUCCUACAGAUGUUCAAAAUACAGACAAAACUAAAAGUGAAACUAAAGAUAUUGAAGUUGAAAAUGGAAACGGAGAUACGAUUAUGGCA